GCCCCCGCCUGCCCCAGCUCAGCCCGGGAGCUCCGCUGAGCUGCGCGCCGCCGCCUCCAGCUCCCCUGCCGCAGCGCGCCGCAGCCGGGCCUCCCCGCGCGGGCGCCGGAGAGGAAGGAAGGCUGGCAGCCUCGUCACGUGUCCGCUGCAGUCGCGAAACAGUUCCGGUGGUGAGGAGACCUUUCCAAAUAUAAGAGGAAUAAAGAAGUCACCUCCCCAGCUGUCAUCAUCUUCCAGCAGAUUGAGCAAGAAUAUUUUGAGCACUACAGGAAAGACAGUCCAUCAAACCCUAUAUGAUGAUCAGCCAUGUGAUUUUUUCAAGAAGAGGAAUAGGGUGAAUGAAUCUCAUCAGAAAAGCAGCAAUAUGAAUGCUGGCCCAUCUUGGAAUAAAGUGCAACAUUCAAAGAAUUCUUCAGGAAAAAGGCAGAGUAAAUCCCAAGUACCCCACGCUGCUUCUCAGCUGAGAAGCAGCCUCACAGCUGUCACCCAGCCAACUGAAGAAAAACUUAAAGAAAGCAUUGCCCCAGAAGCAAGACGCAAAAGGAAUCCACUCGGUUCCAGGUGUCAGGGGGCCUCAGGGAAUAAAUUGUUUCUUGAUUUUCAGUCAAUGAAAAUUAUUAAAGAGGAUGCUGAUGAGGACAGUGCAAGUGAUCUCUCUGAUUCGGAAAGAAUUCCCAUUCCUCCUUCUCCCCUCACACCUCCAGAUCUCAAUCUUCGAGCUGAAGAAAUUGAUCCAGUUUACUUUGAUCUUCACCCUGGUCAGGGCCAUACAAAGCCUGAGUACUAUUAUCCUGAUUUCCUUCCACCCCCUUUCAGCUCCUGGGACUUACGAGAUAUGGCUCUGCUUCUGAACGCAGAGAACAAAAUGGAAGCUGUGCCCCGAGUGGGAGGACUUCUUGGGAAGUAUAUUGAUAGACUUAUUCAGCUUGAGUGGCUGCAGGUCCAGACUGUACAGUGUGAAAAAGCAAAGGGGGCCAAAGCAAGGCCCCUCACUGCCCCUGGGACCUCAGGGGCACUGAAAAGCCCUGGGAGAAGUAAGCUAAUUGCGAGUGCUCUGUCCAAGCCACUACCUCACCAGGAAGGGGCUUCAAAGUCAGGCCCUUCCCGAAAGAAAGCUUUUCACCAUGAAGAAAUCCACCCAUCACAUUAUGCAUUUGAGACUGCCCCCAGACCCACUGAUGUGCUUGGUGGUACCAGGUUUUGUUCUCAGAGGCAAACCCUUGAAAUGAGGACAGAAGAAAAGAAAAAGAAAUCCAGUAAGAGUACGAAGCUGCAACGUUGGGAUCUGUCCUGCAGUGAAAGCAGCUCUAAGGUGGAAACCAACGGUAACAUUCGAAUUCCCAAACAGGCAGCUGUGAUUCUGGACUCAGCAGAUUCCUGUAAAGCCUCCAAAACACAAGCACAUGCACAUCCUAGGAAAAAGGGAAAGGCAGAGAGCUGUGGUCAUGCCACUGUAUCGAGUGAGAAAAAACUGAAAACAAAUGGAGUAAAGCAAAACACAUAUAAACUAAAAUAAAUACCUACAAUGAUGAAUUGCCAAGACCUGCAGGAAAUGUAUUAUUUGGGGAUGUUGUUGUUUUAUUAUCCACAAGGUGGCGACUAAACCCUUUCAGAUAGCAGAGAAUUUGGCCUGAGUGCCUUCUAGUCAAAUUAAAAGGUUUUCACUGG